CCUCACCUCUCCUCCCCCUCUCCUCCCCCUCUCCUCCCUCCCUUCUGAUGCGACACGCCCCGGGUUGCUGCCUGUGUCAAACCAUUUAUUUUGGUGACGGCACAUGGCACCGCGAGCUCAUCCCAGUGAUCCCUCUGCGCGCGCAGCCACAGGUGGUGUUCCUGCGUGCCAUCUUCACGCGUGAAACAACAGAGAAAACAAGAGCCAGGGGACCACAGAAGCUCCAUCGCUGCCUCGCCGCUGUAACACUGACGGAGGAAACUGCUUUCUGCUUAGUUUUGUUCUCAUCUUGGAGCCAGUCUGCUUCAGGCUGAGGUGAACUACUUGUGCGUUUUUAUCGAGGAGUGCGCGGAUAUUUAACAGGUGGAGAAGGCAACACUCAGCCCUGACACCACAGUACUUAUAUUGGGUUUUGACGAGUGUGUGCUGACCUGAUCUUUCAAUGGCGCUGACAGUGAAUCUGAUUGGUCCUUCACCAUGGGGCUUCAGAAUAUUUGGUGGAAGGGACUUCAAGAAGGCCAUAACUGUAUCGAAGGUCAACGGGGGCAGCAAGGCAGAGCAGGCAGACCUGCAACCCGGCGACAUUAUCUUGGAGAUCAACGGGGAAAACACGGCCGACAUGUUGAACGUGGAGGCUCAGAACAAGAUCAAGAAUUCCAAGACCCAUCUGCAGCUGGUGGUGGAGAGACACGGAUCUCCCAGCCCUGGACAGACAAAUGGCAUCAGCACCCCUGAACAGCUCACCGGACGCUUCCAGGAGGCAGUAAUAGUGAGUCGAGAUGAGAACCAGAACUACAGAGAGUACACCAUUUCCAGCCCUGUGUCACUGUCCCCUGGACCUUAUUCACCAGAUCCUCCUGCCAGCCCUGACAGGAAGAGGGAGACGCUGACACCAACCGCCAACAAGAGUAUCCAGCUGCGUUCAUGGUCUCCAGAGGAGAAGAGUCACAGGCUGUCUAGACCACUUUCACAGGACUUCUCCUCUUCAGACUACAGAAAUAACUCUGUGUCCAGCAGAACCCCCACCCCACCAGGACGCUACUCACCCCAUAGUCCCAUCGAUCGGGAUGUGCCCAUGUCCCCUCGUCGCAGUAGUUCGAGCUCUGACUUUGCCAUGCAGAGGUUUGACAGGGACUCAGAGGUGUACAAGAUGAUCCAGGAGAAUAAGGAGUCCCGCACGGCGCCUCGUCAGUCCAACACCUUUAAAAUGCUGCAAGAGGUCCUGGAGGCUGACGAGAAAGAGGCAGCCUUGAAGUUCCCAGGGAAGCUUUCACCCAGCGUCCCAGCAGCAAGCACGUCAGUGGGAGGAGUCAGCAAAUACCAUACCUGUGAGAAGUGUGGCACCAGCAUUGUCACACAGGUCGUGCGCAUCACAGACGACCGCCUCCGCCACCCGGAGUGCUACACUUGCACAGAUUGUGGCCUUAACCUCAGAAUGAGAGGUCACUUUUGGGUUGGAGACGUGAUGUACUGUGAGAAGCAUGCCAAACAGAGGUACCAAGGCCCGGGUAGUUCACCUCAAUCCACCAUCUCCCCUCGUCAAUGAGUCCGCCGCCACAUACCUGCCCCGCUCCGGACGAAGAGUACUGCUCGUCUGCCUGAAGCUCCACCUCAUCACAACUCCGUUACAGACCUUGGGAAUGGGGCAUGGAGGUGGACAGACAUCAACGAUAUGGCAGAGGAUGUUCUUUUCUGAUCAUAUUUAACCAUACUUUGCAAUAUUAUGAUUCACUUUCUUGCCUUUGUUAUAACUCUAUGAGAAUUGGGGCUUCUUUCAUAUGGCCCAGCCUCCACGGUCUCUUUAGGUUUUUCUUAGCUCUAAUGAUGCACAGCUGCCAUGGACUCAAGCCACAUCACAUUAUACUAAGGCCAGAUUUACAUAAUACCAUAGACAAACUCAACAGGACUGGCUCUCUGACUCUGAAGAUCUGGAUAAUCAUUUGAAUCUUUUGCUGACACAAAGGGACCAAAUCUCACCUACACUGCAUGCCAUUUUGAAAAUGUACUGUACACAAGCAGUGAUGUGUGUGUGUGUGUGUGCGUGUGUGUGUGUGUGUGCGUGUGUGUGUGCGUGUGUGUGUGUGUGUGUGUGGGUGCAUAUGGGUGCGUGCUUUCACAUGCAGAAGCGCAGCCACUUCUGCAUGCUUUCCUUGCAUAUGUGUGUGUGUGUGUGUGUGUGUGUGUGUGUGUGUGUGUGUGUGUGUGUGUGUGCAUGAAGGAGAGAGAGUGAAAAAGAAAAGGGGACCAUGUUGUUACAGACACAGAGGAGUUUGAAUUUUGCCCUAGAGUCAGGCCAAAAGCCCUUGAGUUCUUCUAUAUUUCUUUUGUAAGCAGAAUUUAUUAGUAGAUAGAAAUAAUGAAAAAUACAUAUUUGCUGACUUUUUUGCUGUUUUGUUGCUUAUGAGGGACAAUAGAUUCAUUCAAUAUACAAAUAUUUUUGAUGUUUUUGUGAUUGCUCUGUAUUCUAUAAUAUAGACCAUUUAAAAUUAAUAAUGUAUGCACAGGACAUUUAGUGUGAAAAGAGUUGAUGAUGAUGAUGAUGAUGAUACUACACUUGUCCAGUUACAGCAGUACUCAGAGAUACACUAUAAUGUUCACAUUCCAUGUGGCACUUAAUAAAAUCGCACAUCCUGAAGCCUCCUCAGUGAUGAUGUGUUGGAAUAAUAA